AUUAUUAAAAAAUAAUAAUAAUUGUUUAGAUGAAGAUGAGGUGCUAUCUCCUGAUGAAGGCACAGCAAUACAAAAGAUCUUAGGAGAAAAAUGGCCAACAGAACUACAACGACUCUUAAAAUCAAAUGCUUGGCUUGAUAAUCCAGAUUUGGUAGCAUUUCUUAAGGAACCUCUCAUGCGCAUGUGUGCAAGGUACCUCUACUUAGAGAAACAUCGCAGUGCAGCACUAAACGGUGUUGCUAAUUUCCACUUGAAAAAUGGUGCUGUUAUGUGGAGAAUAAAUUGGCAUGCAGAUUUAUCUCCUCGGGGAUUAGGGAAUUCCUGUGGUAUUAUGGUUAACUACAGGUAUUAUCUUGAGGACACAGAGGCAAACAGCCGAAGUUAUUUAGAACACCACAAGAUCAAUGCUUCUGAACAAGUUAUUCAACUUGCUGCUAGCGCAGAACGCCUCUCUGUCCAGUUGACAUCAAAAAUGUGACAAGAAAUUAUUGCUGUCUCAUCAGGCAGUUAAAAAGGCACUAUCACUGUAAGGUGUCUGAGGCAGCAAAGCUUUUUGAUUCAAACAGGAACUUAAUGUAAUUUCAAGUACUGUAUGAACAAUUCAACUCGGUUGAAUCAGAGAAGAGUGACAAAAUAUAUUUUGCUUUUCAGUGACA